GGCGGCGGCGACAAUGGGCGCGGCGGCACCGGGCCCCUCUUAAAAGGGCAACGCGGGGUUGCCCUCCGGUGUUGGGACCGGGGCCGGGGCCCGUGCCUCUCUGGGCAGCUGGCUCCCCCCGGGAGUACCGGGACAGGUGAAAUCACCGCUGGCCACUGAGCGCCUCCUUCCGCGCCCCCGAGCUGCGAGGGGCGACCGCGGUUCCCGUUCCUGUUCCGGUCCUUCUGCUCCCGGUCCGGUACCCUUCCCGGUUCCAUUCCUGCUCCGCUCCUGCUCUGUCUCCUGCUCCCUCGCUCGCUCCCGUUUCGCCCCAGUGUCGGUCUCACUCCGCUCUGCAUUGCUGCGGUCCACUCCCGGUGCCGCUCCCGGUCUGUUCCCAGCAGCGGUCCCGGUUCUCGCUCCAGUCCCUGUCCCUGUCCCUGUCUCUCUCCCGGUCUCACCCCAGUAGAGGUCCCCUUCCCCCUCCCGGUCCCGGUUCUGGUCCCGGUGCCGGUGCGCGGCGGGAGCGUCGUGCGGGGCUGCGCCCGCCAGGGAGCGCCGCAGCUCCGGGGCCACCGCCCGAGCCGGGCACGGGGAGAGCCGGGACCACCGGGCACGGACAGGGCGGACACAGGGGAUCCACCGGGCACGGACAGGGCGGACACAGGGCAUCCACUGGGUAUGGACAGGGCGGACACAGGGGAUCCGCCGGGCAUGGAAAGGGUGGGCAGAGGGGAUCAACUGGGCAUGGACAGGGUGGGCACAGGGGGAUACACCGGGCACGGACAGGGGGGACAUAGGGGAUCCACCGGGCAAGGGCAGGGUGGGCACAGUGGAUCCACCAGGCACGGACAAGGCGGACACAGGGGAUCUACCGGGUAUGGGCAGGGUGGGCAGAGGGGAUACACCAGACACAGACAGGGUGAGCACAGAGGAUCCACAGGACAUGGACAGGCUGGGCACAUGGUACCCACUGGUCAUGGACAGGGUGGGCACAGGGAAUCCACUGGGCAUGGACAGGGUGGGCACACUGACCCACUGGGCAUGGACAGGGUGGGCACAUGGCCCCUGCUCCCAGGACUGGUGGGUGAGAGCAGUUGCUGGGACCCUCCUGCCCCUGAGCCCCCCACACAGCGUGUCCUCUGUGGGUGUCUGCAGGAGGAAAACAGCCGCCCUCACUUUGGGGGGAAGGGGAGGCUCUGGAAAGCCCCCAGAGCUGAGUGGGGAGGGGGAUUAGGGCUGGAGCAGAGGGCAGCAGGGGCAGCAUCACUGCACGGGGAGAGCCAUUCUCAUGGUGAGGCCUUUUGGGAAGGAAAUGUUUGCCCAGAGGUGCUGCCUGCAUCCUGCCUGCACGUGGCCUGGCUUGCCAAGGCUGUGGGCACUGUGGGGGGAGCAGAGUGCUGCAGGGUCCCACUGCACCUGCACUGCCACCCAUCCCUCACCCUCAAUCACUGCAGCACGGAGGGUUCCCCCUCUCUGCUCCCCUUCUCAGCACCACCUCACCUUUGGCGUGGCUGGGGUGGCACUUUGGCCAGGAGCCAAGUGUGGGCACCCCGACCACGACCUCCCCAGGAACUGGGACCCCCCCAGGAAUCAUCAGCCUCCUGAGAGCCUGGGGCUCUCCCAGGGAUUUCUGCAGGGCAGGGGCCGAGUGGGACCACUCCCCAGUAGCUCUUGAUGCCCAUCGGUGCCAGGAGCACGUGUCACCUGCCCAGGCACAGGCGGUGCCCGUUACUCUGGGGUGGGGCACUGGCACCCAGCUCAGCACCUGGCAUCACCCGUGUGCUGACUGGGGAUGGGGCUUUGUGCCUGCUGGGGGGCCCUGGCACCUGGAGGGAGCUUACUGGGAGGUGCUGGGAUGUGGUGGGGCCCUGCGCUGUAGCUGCGUAAGCAUUUCGGGGGGGUCACCGGUGUUUAUCUGAGCGCAGGGCGAGGCGAUGACCAGCGCUAAUGAUUAACCCUGGGCUGAGCCAGAGGAUGAGGCCCCCCCCGCACGAGGGGCUGGGGGGCUCCGUGUCCCCCCCGUGCCCCCCACCAGCUCCUGGCGCCCGUGGCUCAGCCCAGGGAGCCCGGCAGAUGCUGCUGCUGCCUUCAGCCCAGGAUGCCCGGCUGCUGUGCCAUCCUGUGCCCACCCGAGGCUGGGUCCGCCCGUGGCACAGCGGUGCCAGCGGUGUCUCCCCGAGCCAGGGGAGUGCGAGAGACCCAUCCUGGGGGGCUGAUGCUGCGGGGACCCCGUGGGCACGGUGGCACCCCUGUGCCAAGCGGGGCAGAACGACCCCCCCUGCCCGGAGCCGGCGGCGGGGCGAGGCCUCCCCACCUGCCCCAGGUGCUCUAUAAAGCUCAGGCCGCUGUCGAGCUGCCAGUUCCGGAUCCCUGCACUGGUGUGCCACCAGCUAACGGGAGAGCAGCUGCUGCCGAGCCCCGAGAGGCGCCGGGACCCCCCGGACAAGCCCCAUGGCGUUCCCUGCCUUUCUGCUGCUGCUGGUGCUGGGCACAGGUACCCGUGCCAUGACCACCGAGACAACCAUGGAGAUGGAAACCACCGAAACCACCACCGUGGAGAUGACCACGGAGACCACCACCAGGUUGCCAAAUAUAUUCCCCAAAAGCACACGGGCCAGCCGGCCCCAAACCUCUGUCUUCCCCUACGCCACCGCAUUCCCUGGCACAAACACCACGAACUUCCAGUUUGGCAACCACUCCAUGAGCAAUGCCACAUCCAAUGGCACUGUGGUGCCUGUCCAGAGCAGCCCGGCCGUCCCCCAUGCCAAUGCCACCUCAAACAGCAGCGGCUGGGUCCCCCCCUUUGGCACCAACAGCAGCUCUGCCGCUCCCACCACCGUGCACGGCAGCGCCAAAGGCAACGGGAGCACCAGUGCUCAGGUCUUUCCCACCCAGAUAACGUCUGAGGGCAGCACAGCUCCCAACCAGGGUGGCCCCAACCCCAGCAAAACCUCAGCCCAGCUGCCUGCUGCCGUCCAGCUGCUCGUCCGUGUCCCGCUGUCCUUCCGCAUCAUCAACAGGAGCUUCAACGAGAGCCUGCGUGACCCGGCAUCGCCGGAGUACCGGAGCCUGAGCCGCACCGUGCUGACCAUGUUCCAACACGUCUUUGGCUGCGCGGGCUGCAUGGGCACGCAGACCUACACGGGGUGCAGCGAGCUGCAGUACAGCCCAGGCUCGGUGCAGGUCCAGUCCACCCUCGUGUUUGGGAAUGGAAGCGAUGCUGUCACUGCUGAUGCUGCUGAGCAGCGCCUGAGGAAGAGCCUGGACAAGAACGGCUUCAUCAUGGGCCUGCAGCUGGACAGCAUCCAGAGCUCUGCAGCAGUGCUAUCCCCAGCCCCAGCACCCAUGAUCCCGGACUGGGCCAUCGCUCUCUUGGCGCUGGUCAGCAUCCUGCUGCUGUUCACCAUCUUCACCUGUCUCCUCCUGAUGUCCACCUGCACCUGCCGCCGGAAAAGCCGAGGCAAGCUGGACCUGCUGAGCCAGAAGGACUCCUACCACCCCAUGGCUGAGUACCUGCAGUACCAGAGCCACGGGCGCUACGUGUCCCCCAACAGCAAACCCAACCCCUACAGCCAGGUGGCCGGCGGCAGCACCACGAGGUCCGGCACCUUCACCUACACCAACCCCGCCGCCGGCUCCGACAACCUGUGAGGGGCGCGCUGGGAAGGAGGGCAGCUGCCGAGGGGAGGGGGCUGCCGCAGCCCCCCGCCCCCGGGAGAGCAGCGCAUCCCCCGGCGCUGCUCGGCCCCUCGGCGGGGGCAGCGGGAGCCGGGCGCUUCUGGAGCAGCCGGAUUCGCGCAGGUGACAGAACGGGAUGAGCGGGGACGGCGGCGGCGAGGGAGGGUCCCGCACGCCCCGCGGUCCCCGCACUCGCUUGGCUUUGCAACCCUGCUCCGUGCCGGGGGUGGAGGACGGGGGUCGUGCUCCCGCUGCGAUUCCAUGGCUCUUUUUGUGGUGUUGUUUUAUAUAAAUAUCUCUGUUUGCGGGGUGUUGGUGCCGGGCUUGGCUCGGCGGGGUGGCAGCUCCUCGGCCGGGCUGUAUUUAUCACAGAUAAAAUAAAAGGAUGGGGGCAGCCGUGUGUCCCCAGGGCUGCGCCGUGGUGUGCCAGGGGGGCUUCUCUGGGACAGUGACCCUCCCUGACGUGGCUGUCACCCACCUCAGGGUGGCGGCUCUUGUUUCCCAUUCCAGGCAAUCCUGGGCUCGGUGCUGGGGGUGUCACCGUGUCCCUGGUCCCUGCACGCCUCUGGAUGUGACAUGUCCUGCUAGAUACCGUCCCCCUCACCCCUCCUGCUCGGUUUCUGCCCGUGAUUUAAUGUGGUUGGUUUGCCAUGCCCACUUUCCCCGUGGCUGCCCAGGCGGA